UUGCAACAAAUAUUAUUAUUAAUAAUAAUAUUAUUGCGGUUUGCUCGGAUGGCCGAACGCACCCUUUGAUACGAAUAUCACACGCUCGAUGUAAACUAGGCGAUAAUGGAAACUCAUCUUGCUGCGCAUCGUGACACAUGCGAACGGAGAAAUAUGCAAGCAUGGCCGCCGUGGUCCCCGAACGUCGUUGAUUAGUUGGACGAUCGACAAGGGGGGUCAAGGUAUUUAAUCAAGGUUGCGAUUGUACACUGCUGAGUGCACGGUAAUUAAUCGCGUCUCAGCACCAUUGAAUUCGCAGCAGCGGCAUUCGCGCCACGUCGCCACGGUACUUUCGGGACGUCGGGCGGUCUUUGUAUUCCAUUUUCUUUUUUUUUUGUUCUUUUCGUUUUCUACACAUAAAAUCAUUUCUUCGUACGGUGCAAAAAUCUGCGACAAGAUACGUGAGUCCCUUCUUCCCCUCUUCUACCCGUGGAUGCGGUUUGCCUGACGGAAUGAUUCACCAUCUCCUCGAUCCUUUGUAUCCCCCUCUUUCUUUAUCUCGCGCGACUGAUAUCAAGUCUCAGGGAGCGUCUCGCGCGUCGCGAUUGGAUUCCUAGAAGUGACGGGACAAGUCGCGCUUGCUGCCGGGUAAGUUGAAAUAAUGGCGAGCGAUCUGUCGAGCGGCUGCACGGAGACGAUCGACAUUCUGGACGAUGAGAAGGAGGAGGGCGAGAUCUCGCUGGAGGACGUCAGCUCGUCCGAGGAGGGCGGGAUGGGCCACUUGACCAGCAGCUACGUCGUCGGCAGGACGCGCGUUUGUCCCGACUGCAAGUCCUGGGGCGAGUGCGCUAGUUGGUGCCAUGCGACGUAUCAUCCCAAGAGCCAGAGCAGAAGAGAUCCAGUCAAAGGGAAGGAAAAUCGUCACCAUGUCAGAGAAGUGGGAAGUGCCGCGACGAAGCACGCGUUGACGUUGCUGGAGAAAAACGACGACCUAGUGCCAAUCUCCAGCGACAGCGACAUGGAGAUCGUCGGUCUCACAGACACGUCCAAUCGGUCGAAAGCCAAAGUGAAAAAGAAAAAGCGAAAGAAAAAGGAUUACGAGCCCCUCACUAUCGACGAAUUGAUCUCUCCGUCCUCCAUGGACAUCCCUAUAGCUGAUGUCGACGUGCUGAAAAUAUAUAGACAAGUAAAUGCGGCUCACAGGUCGAGCGGCAGAUCGAAGGUGGUCCCGAAAUCGCCGAUCCGAAGACACCGGUCGCCAGUGGCCACACGAUUGUCGAUCCGAUCGUCCCGGUCCCCGCAGAAUCAUUCCAGAGUGUCGCCAGUACAAAAGAGGUCCCUGCGAAAGGUCAGGUCGCCGAAACACAGUCCGCGGCGUCACUCGCCCGCGAGAACUGCCAAGAAGCCGUCGUCGAAGCCGAGCCCACCGCCGCCCGCUCGCGCCCACGUCGACAGGCACGUCGACGUGACGCGGCUGUUGAAAAAGGUGAAGCAUCUUGACUCCAGAGGCGCGCACGAGUCGGAACAGAGUGUCAACCGGGGCAAAGAAUCGUCGCUGAAGGAGAAACUGUCGAACAUUCUGAGGAAAGCCGGCAGUGUCGAGCAGCAGCACGUGAUACAUCUCAAGAGAAAAUCGAAGAUCAUCCCGACCGAGACGAUUGACGACACCGACGACGAGGAAGAUAUAGCGUUGCUGCGGCAGAAGGUGUUGGAGACGCAGCAGAAGAAGUCCAGCAGGUCCUCGGACCAUCCGGUGGACGUUGAAGACCUGGAGAAGAAAUUGGCAGAGAGCAACGACGAUCAGGACGAGGAGGCCCUGCAGCUGCGCAUGAUCGCGCUCCGCUCGGCGGUCAUGAAGAAACACCAGAAUCGGGUCAGACGCGGCAUCAGGGCCAAGAGGUCCACCCGCAGCGAAAGUCCGUUCACCACGAGCUUCCUCGACGACAUACCCGUGCCCGACGACAAGCUGCUGGAGUACGCGUCGCCGCCGCGCACCCUGUCCAGCGACAGUAAUCACAUCGAGGACAUGGAUCUCGACACCGACGUCGAGAGGGAGAAGGAGAAGCUGCCGUACUCGCCGACCGACAAGAUUACCGAGGACAUGCCUACCGACACGGCGUUGCUCGGCAUCGAGCCAUCCGACGUCUCGUUCAUUAACGUAAACGAGAGGAUGGAUAGCCCAUCGGUCUGCGACGACGCGCAGGACGAGCUCGCGACGAACUUCGUCAAGCCCUACGAGACCUACUUGCCUUACCAAAUGACAACUGCGCAGUACUUCGCGUAUUCGCCGUUGCCGUACAGCAGCGAGAUCUACUCGGAUUUUAACGACGCGGCCGAGAAAGAACCGGAACGUCCUCACGGCAACGGCGUCUCUGAUCUAAUGGAUAGAAUUUGCUGUCAAGAGGGAAGCUAUUCCUCGACGAACAUCGCGCCGGGUAUACCUAAUAACGUUCUUCCACUCUCUCCCCACGGCACUCUCGUUUCUCCAGUUCAGACGCAGCGGAUCGCAGUGGAGCAACCUACGAACGGCGAUAUUGUAUUCGUGAAUAUGGACUCUGCGUUCAAAAAUGACAAGUCCGCCUACGAAGCGCAGACGGUCUCCGGGUAUUCCGCCGCAGAUGCGCCAGCAGCAACGGUGUACGCCGCGGGAUACGCUGAGAUCGUGUCGCCUAACGAGUCGAUGAUAACGAUCGACGAUCUCCCGGAGAACGACGGAUCCGCUGAUCUGUUGAGCUCUCCCAACGAUGCUCUUGGUGACGAAAGAAAUUUGCCGGCCGUGGAGGAGCCUCUGUACAUGCAAGGUGUCCCGGAUAUCACCAAGGACACGAACAAGAUACCGACGUUGAUCAACAGGACGCUGGUGCCCGCGCCGAUCCUCAAGUCGAACAAGCGGUUGCGACAGUGUCUGAAGAAGCGCGACCCAGAGCCGGCGCAUCCCGAGCCGGCUUUCAAGAGCGCCGAGAUGCAGCCGGUGACUGUCAUCGUUACGGAUGCGAGUAGCGUCUUCAAACCGAUAAGACUGCAAGUGGCGAAAAAGUCCGCGCCCGUCUUGUCCACGCCUGCCUCAUUCGACAGUUCGACGAACGAGGACACGUCAGAGGAUCCGAGAGACUUGUUCGGAGAGAAUUGCGAGGCGGCCGAGUUGGAACAUCCAGACUCCGCUGAUACUCCAUCCGCGAGUGGCGAGGCCGCAACGCAGGGCAAGAACGGCCGCGAGGGUCUCGACAGUGUGCCGUUGCUCGAGAACGAAAGAAGCUCGUGUUCGGAUGCUGGUGCGAAGGAAGAUACAAAUAUUGCGUCCGCUCUAGAUCAGCAGACCACGACCGAGUCAGGCAGAAGCGACGACAAUGCACAAGAGAGCUCGAUGAGAAUUGGAGAAUCGUCGAGACCGCAGAGUGUCACUCCUGAUACUCAGGAGUUUGUCAACUCCGGUGAUGUGAUAAGGAAGAGAGACAUGGAGAAGAGCAAUCACGAGGCGCUGUCGACGCUCGUCCAAUAUUCGCAGGAGGGACACGUCGAGUCCCGUUGUUUGUCAACAAAUCCCACUCUUGACAAUUCCAACUCUAGCGUGUCCGACAAAGACACGAAAAGCGAUGGGAGUAGAAGACAAAGCGUUGACGAGGACGAAGACGAAUUACGUGCAAUCUUAUUAGCUUCUCUAAAACGAACUAAGACAACAGACAUCGGUCCUUCGGUCACCCCGAUUAUUUCUGUUGUAAACUCUGCUGUGACAAACGUCCAAACGCCUGCGUUAAAAACAUCGACAGGCGCCAUGCCAUCCACUUCGUCGUUGCCGUCGAAGCCGAUAACUUCGUCGGAGGUCGUCAAAAAGAAGAUUAAUAAUGUACCUAUCCCGACGCAGAACGGAAGCAGGAAGAGAAGCGGCAGCGCGGACAAUCUGCCGAAGAGUGUGCCGAAGAAAGCGGCGAGGAAAGCGCUCACGAGCACGAAGGUGGUGAACAACGCCAAGAAGUAUCAGAACAUGAUUGUGCAGAGAAGACUGAACCUACGCAAGCUCGAUAACAACGCCCCGAUAGCGAAGCCCAGCGCAUCGAAGAUAUCGUUACACGCGUCCGACACUCAGCGUUUUGUGAUAAGUUUGGGCUCCGACACGGACAGCGAGUCCGAGGGCGAGAGAAACGGGCCCGUCGCUCUCCCCGUCGCGGAGAAACCUCAAGAGAUCCCGGCCGACUUUGAGAAGAACCUCACCAAGUUUCUGCGCGAUGUGAGAACCGAGCAGGAACAAACCGCGGCCGCGAAGUCACACGGUUCGUCCACGCAAGCGACGAAGCAGGACGUGCCACAUACGGAUAAGGGUUCAUCUAAUAUGCACACGCCAUUGGCCGUGAGGCAUCUUCCAGCGUCGCAGCAAGAGGAGUAUCGGCGCUUGAAGCAGGAGAUCUUGGAGCGCGAAAAGUUGAAACUGCAGAGGAAGGUGGCAAGUAACAAUAGUAGUAGUAGUAGCAGUAAUAAAUUAUCAAACUUAGCGAGUUCGUCAGUAAAGUCCUUGCCGCCGUGCGAGAAGAAAGCGCAUAUUAAACAAAAUCAGAAUAAGUUAAAAACGCCAGAGAAAAAUUCGCAGGAAGCGGAAGUCGGUGGGAAUCGGAAGUCGGUGGAGGUCGGAAGAAAGAGCAAUUUGCCGAGAGGCACGCCAGAGUUAAACGUAUGUCGCAUGUCUGCUGACAAGAAGCUCUCGGCGAAUAUCGCUAAACAUGCUAAUCUCGCGCAUCUGCAAGCUAAGAGCAGUAAGAAAGCGAUACCGAACGAUCUCAGCAUCCGAAUUUCUAACGUUACCGUCCCGAGCUUCAACGGAGGUGGGAGAAAAACGGUCGAAAAUUCACUCGAGAAGCAACCCGCGAAAGACAAGCAGCAGCAGCAUAAACCUGUCUUGAGAGCGUUGAGCACAGAUGAGAUAAAUCGUAAGUGCAUGCAAGUACUGUUGAAGCCGGAUACGAUCGAGCGAGUCGUCAUUAUAAAUGAUAGAUCGAUCUUGCGAGAUGACACGAUGGCAAGCGUCGGUCAAAGUGAUGAAAAUUUACCCGAGCCAGAUGCCCGUGCGGGAAUUACGAAUGAGAAAGAUUUAAAUAAUAUCGAUGAUAAUAAUGAUAGUACUUUUUCUAACGCGUCCACCGUGCUGCUUCAUUCAUCCGCGAAUGUUGAUCAGCUCGACGAAACGAUGGAAACUACGCUGACGCUCUCCCAGUACGAAGCGGGACGUCAGCGAGAGAGUAAUCGCGAUACUUCAGCAUCUGUACUUGCGAAAAGUAACGAUAGCAAUAACGGCAGUCACAAAUCUGACGCGAUUGCUGUGGAUUCCCUAGCGAGUCUUCCAGAAGUGGAGCAGGAGCGACACUUGAGAGAGACCGAGCAUAAAUUAGUAGCGAAACGGUAUAUGGUCUUGGAUCAUUUAGCAGAAAUGUCGGGGAACCUUCGCCAGUGGGACAUGGAGAAGGACGUGCAGACCACCCUGGCCAACGAAGUGAAAAAACUCAAGGAACAGCUGAAGGUAGCCGAGGAGAAAUUACAAGAGCAGCGUGACCGCGUUAGCCUCAUGGGCCCAAAGGUUUCAACCGCACGCCAAAAGAUCAAUGUUGGACGGCGCGAGUGCGACGAACUGUCCAAAAUCUGUUCGACCCUAGGUAACCGGCUCUUGGGGAAAAACUACAAGUUGCCAGAAGCAGUAGCUCAACUUUUGAGUGAGAAACUCCAGGAGGUUGCUAAUCACACCCGUCAGUUUACCAAGAAGAAGCGACUCCAAUGUAAUAAUGUUCCUGAAAAUUCCUAUUCUAGUUUGUCACAAGAAAUCUCGGAGAACACGUGUAAGGAGGAGAAUUUGUUGCAAGAACAUCCAACAAUUGAUGUAAUUGUGCUUGAUGAGUCGGGAUCGAAGAGCGAUACUUCUCGUUCGACGCAAUCUAAUGAAGAUAAGAGUUUAUCGACAUCAGACGCUUCGUUGAAUUUCUCGCAAGCGAUUUCAUGUCAGUCGACAACAGAGAAGAGAGUAGAAACUUCAACAAAUACAUCGGAACAUUGCAACGAAGAACAAGUCACAUUUCUCAAUCGAGAUAAUGCGUUGUCUUCCGAACCAAAGCUAUACCAAAGUAGCCAUAUAGAUCAAAAUAAUGAGCAUAUGGAAGAAAUUAGAACGGACGAGUCUGAUUCCGCCGCACCUUCAGAAUUAUCGUCAAAAUCGUCAGCGAUGAAUUCUUUAAGUCAAGAAUACAAUGAACAAAAUAAGAGAACCUCACCGCAAAUGCCAGUACCAUCGUCAUUACCAUCGCCGUCGCCAUCACCAUCGCCAUCGCCAUCGCCAUUGCCGUCGCCGUCGCCGUCGCCGUCGCCGUCGCCGUCGCCGACACCGACACCGACACCGACAUCGACACCGACACCGACACCGACAACGACGUCGAUAGAUACAACAACGACGACAAUGACGGAUGCAACGACGAAGACGACGGUUGCACCUUAUGUAUCGAUAUUGAUGCAUUUAAAGAAGUCAAGGAACAUCAAUCUCCAUGGAAUCUUAUGUCCAUACGAAAUGAUGGGCGUUUGCAGAGAUGAGGAUUGCCAAUACAUUCACCAGUCGAGGAAUCAAACCUGAAAUAACGCGUACAUACUACCGAAAAUCAACGUGAUAUACGUAAGGUGGUUCUAAUUUCUCGUCACACGUGUCAAUGCGGAUCGCACAUUUUAUUGUUAACGCAUCGAUUUGCAGAUAUUAUAAGUUCGCGCGUUUAGUUCAUUGAUUAUUUUGGCUACUGAAUUCUAAUCAUUUACAAUGUACAUACUAGAUAGAACCGCGUGCAAAAGUUAAAAUAAGUGUACAGAAAGUAGCUUUAAUCGUCUCCUUCAAGCAAAUGUCUUUGAUUUCGCAUUUGCAGAUAUCAUCGAUUAUAUCGUCUAAGAAGUAGAUAUAUCGAUUAGGUGGGAUUGCGUUAUGCAGAGCCAACACCCGAAGAUCGGUAAGUUGUCUUCAUCCAUGGCAGGCUCUAGUGCACAAUACUGAAAUUAUGAAAUUUUUAUUUCAAAAAUCUUACAUUUUAUGUAAGAUCUGUUUUUUUUUUUUAAAAGAAACUCGUGUUGGUAUAUGGAGUUUUAAGCGACAUAUUCUAUCCAAAGUUAAAAAAAUUUUUUACCAGUGUACGUAUUUUUUACAAUUGUAAGAAAAAAGUGUCAUAAACUGCAAGAUCAGUCAGUGUUGAAUAGAUAAAAGAAGAAUCUAUCAACUACUACGAAGAAUUAAGAUUGAAAAGAAGAAAAGUCCAGCGAUUAUGGAUCAUCAUUGAACGAUCAGUUAUUUCUUCUUCGUACUCUGAUAUAAGUUACCUCAUAUUAAUGAAUCUUGUACCUGUAUAAUAAAAGUUAAAUAUUUUUUUCUUA